AUGGGGCAGGUGAAUGGUCCCGAUGGGAUCCUGCAGAACGGGGCUGUGGAUGAGAACGUGGCCAAGACCAGCCAGCUCCUGGCAGAGCUCAACUUUGAGGAGGAUGAGGAGGACACCUACUACACCAAGGAUCUCCCUGUGCAUGCCUGCAGUUACUGUGGGAUCCACGACCCUGCCUGUGUGGUUUACUGCAACACCAGCAAGAAGUGGUUCUGUAACGGGCGUGGGAACACCUCGGGCAGCCACAUUGUGAACCACCUGGUGAGAGCCAAGUGCAAAGAGGUGACUCUGCACAAGGAUGGACCUCUGGGGGAGACCGUCCUGGAAUGCUACAACUGUGGCUGUCGGAACGUCUUCCUCCUGGGCUUCAUCCCAGCCAAGGCGGACUCCGUGGUUGUUCUGCUGUGCAGGCAGCCCUGUGCCAGCCAGAGCAGCCUGAAGGACAUCAACUGGGACAGUUCCCAGUGGCAGCCCCUCAUCCAGGAUCGCUGCUUCCUCUCCUGGCUGGUGAAGAUCCCGUCGGAGCAGGAGCAGCUCCGGGCCCGCCAGAUCACGGCCCAGCAGAUCAACAAGCUGGAGGAGCUCUGGAAGGAAAAUCCAUCUGCAACCCUGGAGGACUUGGAAAAGCCUGGUGUGGAUGAAGAACCACAGCACGUCCUGCUUAGAUACGAAGAUGCUUAUCAAUACCAAAAUAUAUUUGGUCCUCUAGUCAAGCUUGAGGCAGAUUAUGACAAGAAACUCAAGGAAUCUCAGACCCAAGAUAACAUCACAGUCAGAUGGGACCUGGGCUUGAACAAGAAGAGAAUUGCUUAUUUCACUUUGCCAAAGACUGACUCAGACAUGAGGCUCAUGCAAGGAGAUGAGAUCUGCCUGAGGUACAAAGGAGACCUGGCCCCGCUGUGGAAGGGAAUUGGUCACGUUAUCAAAGUUCCUGAUAAUUAUGGUGAUGAGAUUGCCAUCGAGCUGAGGAGCAGCGUGGGAGCCCCUGUGGAAGUUACUCACAACUUCCAAGUGGAUUUUGUAUGGAAAUCUACUUCCUUUGACAGGAUGCAGAGUGCUCUCAAAACCUUUGCUGUGGAUGAGACCUCAGUGUCUGGGUACAUCUAUCACAAGCUGCUGGGCCACGAGGUGGAAGAUGUGAUUAUUAAAUGCCAGUUGCCAAAGCGCUUCACAGCACAAGGACUUCCUGAUCUCAACCACUCUCAGGUUUAUGCUGUGAAAACUGUCCUGCAGCGUCCUCUGAGCCUUAUUCAGGGUCCCCCUGGCACUGGGAAAACAGUGACAUCAGCCACCAUCGUGUAUCAUCUGGCCAGACAGGGCAACGGGCCCGUGCUGGUGUGUGCCCCCAGCAACAUCGCCGUGGACCAGCUCACCGAGAAGAUCCACCAGACCGGGCUGAAGGUGGUGCGUCUGUGUGCCAAGAGCAGGGAGGCCAUCGACUCCCCCGUGUCCUUCCUGGCACUGCACAACCAGAUCAGGAACAUGGACAGCAUGCCAGAGCUUCAGAAACUGCAGCAGCUCAAAGAUGAGACUGGAGAGCUCUCAUCUGCCGACGAGAAGCGUUACCGGGCGCUCAAACGCACCGCGGAGCGGGAGCUGCUCAUGAACGCGGAUGUGAUCUGCUGCACCUGCGUGGGGGCCGGGGAUCCCAGGCUGGCCAAGAUGCAGUUCCGCUCCAUCCUCAUCGAUGAGAGCACCCAGGCCACCGAGCCCGAGUGCAUGGUGCCCGUUGUGCUGGGAGCAAAGCAGCUCAUUCUGGUGGGUGACCACUGCCAGCUGGGGCCCGUGGUGAUGUGCAAGAAAGCUGCCAAGGCUGGGCUGUCCCAGUCCCUGUUUGAGAGGCUGGUGGUGCUGGGGAUCCGGCCCAUCCGGCUCCAGGUGCAGUACCGGAUGCAUCCCGCCCUCAGCGCCUUCCCUUCCAACAUCUUCUACGAGGGCUCGCUCCAGAACGGGGUCACUGCAGCUGACCGAGUGAAGAAAGGCUUUGACUUUCAGUGGCCACAGCCUGACAAACCAAUGUUCUUCUACGUCACCCAAGGACAGGAGGAGAUUGCCAGCUCAGGCACCUCUUACUUGAACAGGACGGAAGCUGCCAACGUGGAGAAAAUCACCACGAAGCUGCUGAAGGCUGGUGCCAAACCAGACCAGAUUGGCAUCAUCACUCCUUAUGAAGGGCAGCGCUCCUACCUGGUGCAGUACAUGCAGUUCAGUGGCUCCCUGCACACCAAGCUCUACCAGGAAGUGGAAAUUGCGAGUGUGGAUGCCUUCCAGGGCAGGGAGAAGGACUUCAUUAUCCUUUCCUGUGUGAGGGCCAACGAACACCAGGGGAUUGGGUUCCUCAAUGACCCCAGGAGGCUCAACGUGGCCCUUACCAGGGCGAGGUAUGGAGUAAUUAUUGUGGGGAACCCCAAAGCCCUGUCUAAGCAGCCACUCUGGAAUCACCUCCUGAAUUACUACAAGGAGCAGAAGGUGCUGGUGGAGGGACCACUGAACAACCUCCGGGAGAGCCUCAUGCAGUUCAGCAAACCCCGCAAGCUCGUCAACACCAUCAACCCCGGUGCCCGUUUCAUGACCACUGCCAUGUAUGAUGCACGUGAGGCCAUUAUUCCAGGAUCUGUCUAUGACAGGAGCAGUCAAGGGCGCCCAUCCAACAUGUACUUCCAAACCCACGACCAGAUUGGGAUGAUCAGUGCUGGCCCCAGCCACGUCACUGCCAUGAACAUUCCCAUCCCCUUCAACCUGGUGAUGCCCCCGAUGCCACCCCCGGGAUACUUCGGCCAGGCCAACGGACCCGCCGCAGGACGUGGGGCUCCCAAAGGAAAGACGGGUCGUGGCGGGCGCCAGAAAAACCGUUUUGGGAUUCCCGGGACGAGUCAGUCCAACCUUCCCAACAGCCAAGCGAGCCAAGAUGUGGUGUCCCAGCCUUUCUCCCAGGGCCCCCUGACUCAGGGCUAUAUCUCCAUGAGUCAGCCUUCACAGAUGAGUCAGCCUGGGCUCUCCCAACCAGAAUUAUCACAGGACAGUUACCUUGGUGAUGAGUUUAAAUCCCAGAUUGACGUGGCGCUGUCACAGGACUCAACUUACCAGGGUGAACGUGCAUAUCAACAUGGUGGAGUGACGGGACUGUCACAGUAUUAGAGUGUUGAGGAAGAAGAGCUAAGCUUGCGUGGAGCUUAGUUCAUCAGCAUUUUAUUCUGGGUAAUAAAAAAAAUAAAAUAAAAUGGAUACCUGUUUUCCACUGCUAAAACUGAAGCACCACUGUGUGAGAGCAACAGGAGAAAGAAACCAACCAACGGAGAGAGAGAGAGAGAGAGAAAGAGAGAGAGAGAGAAAGAAAGGAGCGCGCGAGAGAGCCCACUGCUAUAGCUCACUGAGACAAGGAGACCGCGGAGGAGAGAGAGCCCUGACGGACCUGCUGGCGCCUCGCUGGGAAGGAACUCACCCCAAAAGGAGUGGUCAGCUGAGUCCCUGCUCCCCCAGUCACCCCCACGCUCGAGAGAAGGGCCUUAAAAAACAAAAAAAAAAAAAAAAAAAAAAAAAAAAAACAAACAACAAAAACAAAAAAAAUAUUGUUUCAAACAAAACUUAAAUUAGAGCACCGAACCUUGAGAACUUUUUCAGUGUGAUUUAAAGUUGCAGCAAUCAGCCUCUUCUUCCUACAUUGGAUAGCAGUUAGAGUGAGAGGAGCCUGCGCGCUCGGGCAGGAGGAGGGUUUCAAAGUGUUUUCUGUCUGCUUUAAUUGGCUACUGUCUGGACUCUUACUCUGUGAAAAAAAACAAGCCUUUCUGUCAGAUGAACUUCGUGCUUGAUAAGGGGAUUGGGGUUCCUGUGCCCUUCGGCCCCUGGAGGGAAGAUGCAAAACAGAACCAGCCCCUGCUUUGGCCGCCGCAGAUGUGGGGGAGAAGGAGCGGAACCCGGGGAUUAUUUUGGUGCGGAAGGAAAGACUCCACGGCUCCAGGUGGGACUCACGGGCAAAGCAGGCAGUUGGUGGAAGGUGGCCUCUGAGGAGCUGGGUUUAAUUAGAGAUAAUGGGUCAGGCUUUGGUGAGGAGAGCAGGGAGGUGCCAGAGCCAGGUGUUGGCAAAGCAAACCCGGAGCAGCUUUUUUUUCAGGUGGUGGCCAGGGCCGUGCCAUCCAUGCUGGCUGACGAGUCAGGGCUGAGAACAGCACAUUAAAGAGAAGCCAUCCAAUUUCUAAGUUGUACCCAUGUCUUAACGAGUCGUGUGGGAACACUGGGAGCGUUUUAUUUCUGUCUAAACCUUUCUAGGAACAGCAGAGAAGUGACAAUUCCUGCAGAGCCCCCUUUUUUACCAGACCCCUGAAUCAGACUGACCUCUACCUCCCAAUUGGCCAAGAGCAGUAGAGAGUGAUCCGCUAACCUGGCUGUUUUUCAAGUUGGAGAUAAGUUAGCUUUAUACUCAAAAGGGCUCCAAGUGUUUCUAGUCUUUUUUUUUUGGGGGGGGGAGAACUCAAAAAUACCUCUCAUAUGAAUGUACUUCGACGCCGUGAAAACCCCACUUUUUGUACCUGGGGGGGGGGGGCAGCCCUUCCAUUCCUGUCCUUUCCGUGGGUUGUUGCCCCUGCUUUCACAACCUGUUCUUGCUGUAGUUUCCCCAGGGUGUCUCCCCCCCAGUACCCCAGGACACACGUUCACCCUUUGCCUUCGGUCCCGCCCCGACCGGAGUCCGAGAACUGCAAAAAAAACCAAACCCACAACCCCAUUCUUUUCUCAUCAAAAGCCUCCAGAGUUUAGACUUCUAAAAAAAAACACAAACAGUGAAAGAAUGGAGACACAGGCCACCUUCCUUCCUCGUGGGAUGGACUGUUUUAUUUAUUAACAUUUGCCGAAGGGCUUUUUAAUUUUUAUUUUUUUUCCUUCCGUAGGCUGCAUAGUUGGCGUAGACUUUUCUGAUAGGUUUGAGCUGGACCCCUCUGUGCAACGCUAUCCAUGAGUAAUGUAGCCCCCUCCUCUCCCCUCGCCCCUUUAUUUCACUGCUGGGAAUGCUUGGCCUCUGCUUUGUGCUGGUUUUUUCCUUUGUAGCGCAGUUAACUCUGAGUUUUACAAAUCCAGACAUCAGUGCUAGCACGGUGUUU